AUACAACACAAUUGUCCGUUUGUAAAUGAUUACAAAAACAAACAAUGAACAAAUUGAUGGCGAAGAUCUGGACAUUAGACAUGAAAGAAGCUCAACCGCGAAGCAUCCUCUCCUACGCUCCAAAAUUCCAAUGGCAACGGGUGAGCCUCUGUUCCUUAUCCUAUAGGGGCUUCCUUCUCUUGCCGCGUCUGUUUCGCCACAUUUCCAAAUUCCACCCUUCCUUUUCUGUAAUCAAAACAAACCAAUUUGUUGAGCUUUUCCCAUUUCCUUCGUUGCUACACUAAGAUCUUCAACCCUAAGGGUUCAUCAAAUUUUGGGGUGUUUCUGUUUUAUUCCUUUUGUGGAUCUCUGGUGGAGAAUGAGCGUGAAAACCCCGGCGACGAGGACUCGCGUUGGCAAGUACGAGCUCGGUAAAACCCUUGGCGAGGGCUCUUUUGCGAAGGUCAAGUUCGCCAAGAACAUUGAGAAUGGUGAUUGUGUCGCCAUCAAGAUUCUUGAUCGUGAACAAGUCCUUCGACACAAGAUGGUCGAACAGAUUAAAAGAGAGAUAUCGACUCUGAAAGUGAUUAAGCAUCCAAAUGUUGUUCAGAUAUAUGAGGUUAUGGCAAGCAAAUCGAAAAUCUACAUUGUUCUUGAGUUUGUAGAGGGAGGCGAGCUCUUUGACAAAAUUGCUACAAAGGGAAGGCUUAAAGAGGACGAGGCAAGGAAAUAUUUCCAUCAACUUAUUAAUGCUGUAGAUUACUGCCAUAGUAGAGGCGUGUACCAUCGAGAUUUGAAGCCUGAAAAUCUUCUUCUCGACUCGCAUGGUGUUCUUAAAGUAUCAGAUUUCGGAUUGAGUGCAUUCUCGCAGCAAGUUCAUGGGGAUGGUCUUCUUCACACUGCCUGUGGGACUCCAAACUAUGUAGCGCCCGAGGUCUUCCAUGAUAAAGGUUAUGAUGGUCAAUCAUCUGAUGUUUGGUCAUGUGGGGUUAUUCUCUUCGUUCUUAUGGCUGGCUUCUUGCCUUUCAGCGAGUCAAAUCUAACGCAUUUGUAUCGAAAAAUUUCCAGGGCUGAUUUCUGCUUUCCGUCGUGGUUCUCAAAUGGUGCUAGAAAACUAGUUCGUCGCAUUCUCGAUCCAAACCCUCUUACUCGAAUAACGAUAGCCGAAAUUCAACAAGAUGAAUGGUUCAAGAAGGGCUACACACCCACCCACUUUGAAGUGGAAGAGGAUAUAACUCUCGAUGAUGUCGAUGCUGCUUUUAGCAGCUCGAGGGAACAUCUUUUGACCGAAAAGAAAGAGAAACCGGUGUCGAUGAAUGCUUUUGAGCUUAUCUCUAGGUCUCCGGGUUUCAGUCUUGAAAAUCUAUUUGAGAAGCAGAAGGCUGUUGCAAAGAGAGAAACCCAGUUUACUUCACAGAGCCCUGCAAACGAGAUCAUGUCGAAGAUCGAAGAAACUGCAAAACCUAUGGGGUUCAAUAUUAAAAAACGGGACUACAAGAUGAAGCUGCAAGGUGACAAGACUGGGAGGAAAGGACACCUCUCCAUAGCUACUGAGGUGUUCGAGGUGGCUCCUUCCUUGCAUAUGGUGGAGCUCCGAAAAACUGGUGGCGAUACGCUCGAGUUUAUCAAGUUCUACAAAAGCUUCUCAUCAGGAUUAAAAGAUAUAAUGUGGAGAACUGAUGGAAAUACUGUAGAAGGGAGCUAAUAUCUCUCUCGCUAUCCUCUUCAUAAUGCUGUUAUGAAGUUGAUACCUGAGAUGCUUUGCAGAAAUUGCAUCGGAGAGGAACAUGAUAUCAAAAUCUCAUAUCUAUGGCAUGGUUACCCAUUAGACAGGAAAAAAAAAAAAAAAAAA